AUGAAUAGUAACGAACAACUAAGUGUAAUCAAACUACGACAAUGGAAAGACAUAGUGGAAGACAAACAAAUUCUAGAAAAACUCCAAAAUGAAAUCUUUCCAAAUUAUAUGACGAAAAUGCGUUGGUUUGGAGGAAAAGGACGUGGUUUGAAGAGCAUCCAGAUGAUUGAUUAUGCCAUAAUACACUUCACUGCAUUAGACGAUGGUUACCUUCUGCUAUUAGAAGUAUCCUUUGAUGAUAACACUCUUGAUAUUUAUCAUUUACCAAUUGCAUUCAGCCAAAUGGGGGUUUGUUCUGUACUACGAAAGAAUUGUUCUCAAUCGAUCAUAUCUUUAAUAAACAUCGAUAAUGAAGAAGGAUUCUUGUACGAUGCUCUAUAUGAUCAUCGAUCGCAACAAGCUUUGAUUACCAAUCUGGCCAAUAAUUGUCGAAUAAAACAAAAGAACGGUGAACUAGUCUUUAUCAGUACUCCAGAUUUAAAAAGCUACGUUCUCAAACAAUUAAAUUCGAGAUCAAAAACAUCAAUAAUCGAAGAAAGCAAUACUUCGAUUAUUUAUGAUAAACAUUCCUUUCUCAAAAUCUAUCGCAAAGUUGAUCGUGAUAUUAAUUCGGAUGUCGAAAUGAACCAGUUUUUAAAUGAAGAGACAACUUUCAAACAUAUUCCGAGAUAUAUUGGUAGUAUUCAGUAUAAGUUUGACAAAGAAACAAUAGUAUUAGGGAUGAUGCAAGAAUAUAUUCCAAAUAUUAGUGAUGGAUGGGUUUAUAUCUUAGGACAACUCAAUGAUUUUAGUAGAAAUGUUCUUUCGCUUGAAGACAUCGCUUCAGUGAACAUAGAAUUAAAAGGUAGUUUAACUAAUCCUCUUGUUUAUGAAGAAAUAUCAGAAGAUUUAAAAAAGCUAUUCGAUAAAAGUACAUCGGAAUUAAUCAAUUUAUUAGGUCAUCGUACUGGUCAAAUGCAUCAUGCAUUAUCAUCAAACAAUCAACUUUUCUCUUUUAACCCUGAAGAAUAUUCUCCAGAUUACCAGCAUUCUUUAUUUACUUCCAUUGAAUUUGUGAUUGAAACAGUUUCCAAACUUUACAAAAAAAUCUGA